UUGUAACAGCAACACAGCAGAUCGGACCUCGGCUUUGAUUGACGCAAAGCGGGCUUUCAACUCCAAGCGGCGGAAAAGCGAUUCUGGGAAUUGCACGAUAUUGCACAAAAGACAGCAAAGGAUGGAUGGAAGCGACCAGGACGACUUUGGUCCGUCGCCAACAGCGAGGACGACGACUGACAUGUAUGGUCGGAGCAUCAGUGGCCGAGGUGCGACCACCAAGGAGAUCAAAGUCAACGCUUCAUCUCUCGUCGACCUCAAAGCCGAGCUGUUCAAGCGCCAGGAGCACAUGAAUCGCACUGGAGCAGCUGCUACGCUGGUACCCUCCAGCACCAAGUUGAAGCCAUCAUUGCUUGUCAAGCAAAACAAGGGCGUGCAGGACCGGCAGCGACGAGAUGCGGAAGCUCGUGCAGCCGUCGUCGCCAUGAACCGCGAGAUCGACCCUGAUGCAUUGGUUCACUCACGCGCAGCACUGGAAGCGAAAGCUGCCAUCUAUGAUCGCAUUCACCGCGGCGAGGGCUCAUCCGCAGAGCAACAAAAAAGCGAUCGUUAUUUAGUGGACUUUGAGGUCAAGUCAUUUAAACCAAGAGUUGAUAAUCACACGUCGCAAGACGAGCUAGUUGAUCCAAUACAGCUUGGCGAGGCCGCGUUUGGCGAUCCAGACGAGCAGGUCGAGUUUGUAGAUUAUCUCGGGCGGACACGAACGUGUCGUCGUGCCGAGUUGCCGCAAUUGCUGGCCGCCGACCGACGGGACCGUCUCCACGAAAUCAAAAGCUCAGAUCGGUCGGGCAAUAGUCGAAGGCGACGACGAUCGAAUUCGUUGUCCGACGAGGAUGAGAGCAGACGCAGUCCUCGUCGCGAUGAUGAUCGCUAUGCCGCCGUCCCUCCUCCAAGUUCCACUGGUGGGAGUGAAGAUACGCCCUGGGAUCCAAGCAAGCGAGACUAUGAGGAUCGAAGACACCGUCCAAGGAGCCGAUGGGACGAGCAACAGUCCGAGCAACCCACGGGGCCAAUCCACUUUGAAACUGUUCGAUCUGGAGAAAUUCGAACACUUGGUGCUGGUUAUUACCAAUUUUCGACCGAUGCGACAGAGCGCCAACUGCAACUCGAUUCAUUGAAGGCAUUGCAUCAGCAGACACUUGAACAGCGCAAGAAGCGCGAAGGUCUCUCCAAGUUGAGGGAGUCGAUGAUUGCCCGGCGGUUGGAAAUGAUCCAUCAGCGGAAAGAAGCAAAGCUGCAGCGUGCCCAAGCUCUACACCUUGCUGGUGAUGAUCAGGUUGUGGAAGCUGAGGACGAUCCAGCGACGAGCGAGCAGCAGAGUGACCGCUUUGCGCAUUCCGAAGGGCCUGAGCCCGAUUCGCUCGCCAAUCGCCCCGAUGCAGACAUGUCACAUGAAGGCAAUCCUGCUACCGCGCACAAUAGCGACGAUAGCAGUGACAGCGAUUCCGAGAAUCAGCCGACGAUGGAUAUCAGUCAGCUACUCGCCUUUUUCAAGGCCAAAGCUGCUGCACACGAUGCCUCGCAAGAUGAAUAG